CUGCUUCCAGGCGUUAUAGUCAUGAAUGUAAAACUGUUCGGGGAUUUGGCAACAGAGGCUCCAAAAGCGGGUGAUACCGCUUUCGUUUUCACUGUCAUCAAAGCUCUACAAAAAGCUAAUGCAUUUCUAGGUAUGGUCCUGUACGAAAGAACCGCGCAACGCUUCCAAACUCCUACAUACAGAGUCAUCAAUAACGUCAACUGCGCCAUCAUUCCUUUUAACAGAGAAAUGUAUACGCCACUUGUCGAGGAUGCUUUUAGGAAAGCUUUGAAGCAUCUGGCAGAGUUGGCUGGUUCCAACACUGUCCCAGUAGCUAUAGUCUACCAUCAAGAUGAGAGACUAUUAGAGCUCCAACCGAAAAGCAUCCCAUUCGCCAUCACACAUCAUGCACCCCUCGUGGACGAUGUAAGCAGAUUCUUCCCCGGCCCAAAAGAUAUCCUAGACGCAUUCGGCACGGACACCAAAGACCCUCGAAAGGUCACAGAGCUCCGUGCCAUGCAAACAGGUGGGCUCAGGGCUCUUCAAAGGGGCGAGAAUGGGUUCGUGCUGGCAAUGUCAGAUCUACAGGGUGAGCAUUUCAAGCGUUCAGGGGUUCGACCCGAGAACAUUAUUGAUUUUCCUCCUCCUCUGCAGGCCAUGCUGACAGCUCACGCGCCACAGGCAAACGAUGAACAACUACCCAACGUCGACAGAAAAUGGUUUGUGUUCACAGCCGUGGCUAGACUCACAUUCUUCAAAAACGCUGAGCUAUUAGUAGACGCAGCAGUCAUACUCCUAGAAAAAGACAAAAAGCUAGAUCUGUCUGUCAUGAUAGCCGGAGGGGAUUCAAGUAAGCCCCAUGUAGCUAUCCGAGACAGCCUCCUAACUCGAGUUCCCCCACACCUCUUCGAUCACUUCCACAUCAUUGAACGCAUCCCGCAACGAGAGUUAUACCAGUACUUCGACAACUCUCACGUCCAAGAGACGGGCAUAUUCGUAUGCUGCUCGCGCUACGAAACGCUAGGAUUCACGCCUCUCGAGGCGGCUCUUAGUGGCGUAACAACGGUCAUCACCAAUACCAAGCAAAUAGAAGCUAUGCGAUACUUCCCAGAAGAAGUUCGCUUCGAGGCAAAUGCCAAGGCACUUGCUGACCUAUUAGAGGCUUUGUUUGAAGAGGAUGACCUUGCGGCUGUAG